CGUAGAGAUACUGAACUUGCAAAAAAGGCUGAACUUGCAAAAAAGGGUCUAACGCUAACCUCAAAAGCGAGAAGAAAGACGCGCCAAAAAAAGAGAAUCAAAGUAAUCAAAGAAAGCACGGAGGUUGAAAUGCAGAAACCACCUCAAUUAGAAUUAGAAGAGCCCCAAUCAUAUCAAGAUGAGCCAUUACCUUGGGAACGAAAAGAAUAUUUGAAAUAUGGGUUGUAUUCUAUCGAUCUUAAACUAAACGAUCACCAAAAAAGUUUGAAGGGCAAAGAUAAAGUGAAAACCUCGAUGGAAAUAUUUCCACUCCCUAUACAAUAUGGUCAAUUUCUCAUAAAAGAUCAGCGAAAUUUCUGUAUUCCAUGGGAUAUAAUGACUGCUCAUAAACAAGGGUUACUACAAAGGGGAUUUAAACAGAUUAAAACUA